AUCUCGAAAGCUCGAAACGCCGAAUCGGAAGCAAAUCGCGACUCGCCAUGGCUCCGGGCACGUCUCUCCUCCUCCUCCUCGCCACGCUCCUCGCGGUCGCCCCCCUCUCGCCGGCGGCCGAGCCCGAGGCCUUCGACGUCCGCCGCCACCUCUCCACCGUCACCAGGUACGAUGUCUCCAGAGGGUCCAACAACGCGGUCGCCGCGCCCUCGAUCUCGGACGAGUGCCGCGUGAUCCACCUCAAUCUCGUCGCGAGACAUGGGACUCGUGCUCCUACCAAAAAGAGAGUCAAGGAGCUGGAUAGGUUGGCAGUAAGGUUGGGGGCUCUAGUAAAUGAGGCAAGACAGGGACCUGACAGUGAGGCUGUAAAGGAAAUUCCAUCCUGGAUGAAGGGGUGGGAGUCACCCUGGAAGGGCAAGGUCACAGGGAAAGGGGGUGAGCUGGUUAGCGAAGGCGAGGAGGAGCUCUUCAAUUUCGCUAACAGAGUGAAGGAGAGAUUUCAAGACCUGUUUGAUGAGGAAUAUCACCCCGAGGUGUUCUCGAUAAGAGCAACCCAGGUUCCUCGGGCAUCAGCUAGUGCAGUAGCAUUUGGUUUGGGGCUACUUUCUGGGAAAGGAAAACUUGGGGCAGCCAAAAACCGCGCCUUCUCUGUUCUGAGUGAGAGUCGUGCAAGUGAUAUUUGUCUGCGAUUCUUUGACAGCUGUCAAACAUACAAGGACUACAGGAAAAGAAAAGAGCCCGAUGUUGACAAGCAAAAGGAACCGAUUCUGGAACAAGUCACGUCUGCUUUAGUCAACCGUUAUCGUCUAAAUUUUACAAAACAAGAUGUUUCUUCCCUCUGGUUCCUUUGCAAACAGGAAGCAUCUUUACUGAAUAUUACCAAUCAUGCUUGUCAACUUUUCAGUGAAGCUGAGGUUCAGUCUCUAGAAUGGACAGAUGAUUUGGAGGGUUUUGUGCUUAAAGGUUAUGGUGAGUCGAUAAACUAUAAAAUGGGGUUGCCGUUGCUCAAGGAUGUUGUCCAGUCAAUGGAAGACGCAAUCACAGCUAAAGAAGAAAAUUAUCCUGAUGGUACAUACGAGAAGGCAAGGCUCCGAUUUGCACAUGCAGAAACUCUUGUUCCUUUCACAUGUCUUCUUGGUCUUUUUCUUGAAGGAUCAGAUUUUGAGAAGAUACAGCGGGAGGAACCAUUGGAUCUACCUCCGAUGCCACCACAGAAGAGAAACUGGAAGGGCGGUCUUGUAGCACCUUUUGCUAGUAACAAUAUGUUGGUUUUACACCAAUGCCCUGGCAAAACUGGUGACAACGGGAUAUCCCAGGGUCAAAACAGCUUGUACUUUGUGCAAGUUCUACAUAAUGAAGCUCCAGUUUCAAUGCCAGGCUGUGGCAACAAGGAUUUCUGUCCAUUUGAGGAGUUCAAGGAAAAGAUAGUCCAGCCUCACCUGAAGCACGACUUCGACAUGCUAUGCAAGAUAAAGAAGCCAGAUGCAGCAGAGGAGCCAUCUUCUCUCAGCUCCAAGCUUUACAACUUCUUCGUGGGCCUGUUCUGGCGUAAAAGCUACGUUGCGAAGGCAGAAGAUGUGAAGACGGAGCUGUAGACGCUUUAUUAACUAGCCAACGGAGCAUGCCAUGCCCCGUGCUGCUACAAACGGGACUGACUUGUGGGCAGGCACUAACCUACGGUGUUUUUGUACCUACGUGUGAUGACUGAUGAACUGAUGAAUGAGCCCAUAUCAUACCCCAGGCUUUCACUGAUGUCCUUGCUGUCUCGGAGAAAAUGCUGUAAGCUGAUCAUGUAACAUCUGUCCUAUGCAUAUCUUUCCACAGUUGCAGUAGAAGUUUCCACUGUUGCCGUGC